AUGAAACCCGGAAGCCCUCCAGAUCGUUCCGCAUGUGGAGCAGGACGAUCCGCGAAACGUGGACUAGCGCGCCCUCAAGCGGAACCUGGAGCCCAAGUUCUUCUUGCUUUGUUGGUGAUUGUAUCGCUUGGAUUAGGCCUGGGACUUGGACUCAGGAAACCAGAGACACAAGGCAGUUGCAGGAGGAAAUGCUUUGAUUCAUCGUUUAGAGGCCUGGAGGGCUGCAGGUGUGAUGUGGGAUGUAAAGACCGAGGCGACUGUUGUUGGGAUUUUGAAAACACCUGUGUGGAACCAACUCAAAUAUGGACCUGUAAUAAAUUUCGGUGUGGGGAAACCAGGUUAGAAUCUAGCCUUUGCUCUUGCUCAGAUGACUGCUUGCAGAGGAAAGACUGCUGCACUGAUUAUAAGAGUGUUUGCCAAGGAGAAACAUCAUGGGUGAAAGAAGAAUGUAGCACAGCCCAACAGCCUCAGUGUCCAGAAGGGUUUGACCUGCCCCCAGUGAUUUUGUUUUCCAUGGAUGGCUUCAGAGCUGAGUAUUUACAAACAUGGCAUAGUUUAAUGCCUAAUAUUAAUAAACUGAAAACAUGUGGAAUUCAUUCGAAAUAUAUGAGAGCUGCUUAUCCCACCAAAACCUUCCCAAAUCAUUACACCAUUGUCACUGGCUUAUAUCCAGAAUCACAUGGCAUCAUUGACAAUAAUAUGUAUGAUGUAACCCUCAAUAUGAAUUUUUCACUGUCAUCAAAAGAAAAAGAGAAUCCAGCCUGGUGGGGUGGACAACCAAUCUGGCUGACAGCAAUGAAUCAGGGUUUAAAAGCUGGUACCUACUUCUGGCCAGGAUCAGAUGUGGCUAUAAAUGGCACCUUUCCUUCCAAAUACGUGGUGUACAGCAAUAAGAUUCCAUAUCAAGAGAGGAUUUCUACAUUGUUGAAAUGGCUGGACCUGCCCAAGGCUGAAAGACCCCAUUUUUACACCAUCUAUGUGGAAGAGCCUGAUUCUGCAGGUCAUAGUGCUGGACCAGUCAGUGCCAAUGUAAUUCAAGCCUUACAGUUGGUAGAUCAAACUUUUGGAAUGUUGAUGGAAGGCCUAAAACAGCGGAACUUACACAAUUGUGCCAAUAUUAUCCUUUUGGCUGAUCAUGGAAUGGAUCAAACUUUCUGUGACAAGUUGGAAUAUAUGACAGAUUAUUUUCCCCAGAUAAACUUCUACAUGUAUCAAGGGCCUUCACCUCGUAUCAGGGCUCGUAAUAUACCUCAAGACUUCUAUAGUUUCGACUCUGAAGGAAUUGUUAAGAACCUCACUUGCCGAAAAUUUGACCAGCAUUUCAAACCAUAUUUGACUCCUGAUUUACCAAAACGACUACAUUUUGCUAAAAAUAUCAGAAUUGACAAAGUUCAUCUUUUGGUGGAUCAGCAAUGGCUAGCUGUGAGGAGUAAACCCUAUACAUCGUGUGGAGGAGGCAAUCAUGGUUAUAACAAUGAGUUUAAGAGCAUGCAGGCUAUCUUUCUGGCACAUGGGCCCAGUUUUAAAGAAAAGAUUGAAGUUGAACCAUUUGAAAAUAUUGAAGUCUAUAACCUAAUGUGUGAUCUUCUACACAUUCAACCAGCACCAAACAAUGGUACCUAUGGAAGUUUGAACCAUCUUCUGAAGACACCUUUUUAUGAGCCAUCCCACCCAGAAGAAGUGUCGAAGUCUUCUGUUUGCAGCUUUACUAAUCCAUUGCCCACAGAUGAUCUGGGAUGCUCAUGUCCUGGGCUACAAAAUAAAGAUGAUCUACAACGCGUGAAUCAAAGGCUAAAUCUUGCCUCGGCUGGCAUAACUGCAACAGAGAAAGAAAAUAUGCCAUUUGGGAGGCCCCGGGUUAUGCAGAAGAAUAAGGAACACUGUCUUCUUUACCACAGAGAAUAUGUGAGUGGAUUUGGAAAAGCUUUCAGGAUGCCCAUGUGGAGCUCAUAUACAAUCCUUAAACCGGGAGACACAUUGCCUCUUCCUCCCUCUAUCCCAGACUGUCUGCGGGCUGAUGUCAGGGUCACUCCUUCUGAGAGCCAAAACUGUGCCUUCUAUUUAGCAGACAAGAAUAUCACCCACGGCUUCCUCUACCCUCCUGCAAACAACAGAACUUCUGAAAGUCAAUAUGAUGCUUUAAUUACAAGUAAUUUGGUCCCUAUGUAUGAAGAAUUCAAAAAAAUCUGGCACUACUUCCACAGCGUUCUUCUUAAAAGAUAUGCCGUUGAAAGAAAUGGAAUCAAUGUGAUUAGUGGACCAGUAUUUGAUUACAAUUAUGAUGGACAUUUUGAUGCUCCAGAUGAAAUUACAAACCAUUUAGCCAACACCAGUGUUCCUAUCCCAACACAUUACUUUGUGGUGCUGACCAGUUGUAAAAACAAGAACCAGACUCCCAACGACUGCCUUGGGGGGUUGGACGUCCUGCCCUUUAUCAUCCCUCACCGGUCCACCAAUGAGGAGAGCUGUCCUGAGGGUAAGCCAGAAGCUGUCUGGAUUGAAGAAAGGUGGAAUGCACAUACUGCCAGGGUCCGAGAUGUGGAGCUUCUUACUGGACUUGACUUUUAUCAGGAAAAAGCACAGUCUGUCUCUGAGAUCUUGCAACUAAAGACUUUUUUACCCAUAUUUGAAACCCAUAGUUAG